GAACGUGGAGUGCCUUGCUCUGAAGUUUCACAUCUUUUUUUCCAACACAACCUCCAUCAGACUCAUCACCAAAGACGAGCUGCUACUCAGACAUAACGCAUCGCUCUACAGAAGUCGUGAAAGGGAAGUUCAAGCUUCAAAUACCGUCAGUGAACGGCAGCCACGAUGUUUCGCUCCAGAGUCAGUUUUAGUACCAUGAUCUUCGUGGUGGUCCUGCAGGCUGUCGUCAUGGUGUUGUUCUGCAGUUGGUACCUCCAGCUCUCUCCCUGUGGCUCCACCCCCUCUGACAAGAAGGUUCACGUUCUGCUGCUGUCGUCCUGGAGAUCAGGUUCAUCGUUCAUGGGUCAGGUGUUCAGCCAGCACCCGUCUGUCUUCUACCUUAUGGAGCCUGGUUUUCACGUCUGGACCAAACAUCCCAAAUCUGGGAUGCGCUCACUGCGGAUGGCGUUGAGGGAUUUGUUCCGUAGCUUAUUUCAGUGUGACUUCUCUGUCAUGGACUCGUACAUGCCAGAGCAUCCUCAACUUGCCUCCUUGUUCAGGUGGAUUGUGAGUCGAGCACUGUGCUCCCCACCGGCCUGUUCCCUUACACCACGCAACCAGAUUAGCAACCAGACUCUCUGUGCAAAGAAGUGCAACGUCCAAGGCUUGCAGGGGGCAGAGCAAGCCUGCGGCACCUACAGUCACGUGGUGUUAAAAACUGUACGAUUCUUUGAGCUGGAAUCCCUCUACCCUCUUUUUCAGGACCCAAACCUGGAUCUGCGCAUCAUCCAUCUGAUCCGAGACCCACGGGCUGUAUUCCGGUCUAGAGAGGAGUCUGGCUGGAUUUUGGCUCACGAUAGUGCUGUCCUUUUGGAGCACAGACAAGUACCAGCAGGUGAGGUGGAGUACGAAGCCAUUCAGGAGAUCUGUCGCAGCCAUGUUCGCAUCAAUGAGAGGGCCACAGUAAACACCCCUCCGUUUCUGGAAGACCGCUACAGAAUGGUUCGCUACGAGGACAUGGCACAAGACCCACUCAAGGAAAUCACCUCUUUAUAUAAUUUCCUGGGUCUGGAGAUGACCACAGAGCUGAAGGAAUGGAUCUACAAAAUGACCAAUGGAAACGGCAAGGGCUCCAAGCUGGACGCCUUUAAAAUCACUUCACGGAACGCUGUUGACGUCUCCAGGGCGUGGCGCACCAUGCUGCCGCACAGCAAGGUCAAACGUGUCCAGGAAGUGUGUAAAGAAGCCAUGUUGCUGUUGGGGUACAGGACGGUUGAUAGCGAGGAAGAACAAGAGAAGCUGGACAUAGAUCUGCUGGUGCCACAGGAAGAGUACCAGUUCAGCUGGUUAGCCACCAAAACAGAGCAACCCAGUCAUCGUUAAUGACAUCAUCAUCGAGAGACGGCACAGGAGCGACGGCGGUAUGCUGCUUUAGACACAAAUUGAUUUGUAAGUGAGUCACCUGAGAGAACACAACUUGGGAUCUUCCACUCUUUACUGCACAUCAGCAGUCAUGUCACCAGGCCACGCCCACAUCGUAUCACUUUCUUUCCUUUUAAUUUUGAAACUAGCUCUGUGCGUGUUUAGCUCAGGAUCAGCGGAAAUGCUCUAAAGCUACACACACAUACACACAUGUUGUUUUAACACAGUUCACAGAGCAGGAACUGUCAUGGCCGACUUAAUGGCAGGAGUUGCUAACACUACUAACGUUUCCAUCAUGGUACAGUUUGGUUUGGAACAGUACGGAACAGUAAAGCCCUCUGUCAGGCUUGUGUUUGGACAGAACAGUACCUUUACUUGGUAGACGGGGUGCACACUGUUCCCGAUGGCCGUGUCAACGAGAUACAGAGCGUGAUGCGGUACCGCUGCACCAACAUCAAACGCGACACAACGGACAACAACAGGGCGGCUUGUUGAACAGUGAACUUUUCAUUUACAGCACAAAGCAGAAACAUUA